AGCUUGUUUUUGGAAUGCAUAUGCCAAUUUAGUCCUGUAUAUGUUUCAGGCUUUUAAAAUGUUUACAUUUCUCUUUUCAGAAGGACUAUGGAACCUCUGCAGCCCUGUAGGUGUCGAAGGCUUAAAUCCAAGUUUGAAAAGGUUUUUUCCAUUCCAGAUGAUUUGCUGGAUUAAACGCUUAAUUAGGAUGGCUUUUGAACAAGUUGGAUUGAACAUGGACUCAGUGCUUUGGUCAAGCAAGCCUUAUGGUUCAUCUCGAAGCAUUGUAAGAAAAAUUGGCAGUAACCUCUCUCUUAUUCAGUGUCCAAGAGUUCAGUUCCAGCUUACUUCUCAUGCCACAGAAGGCAACAGAGAUGAUGCGGUGGCCUCCUUUGCAGACGUGGGGUGGGUUGCUGAAGAGGAAGGUGAAGUCUCCACGAGGCUCAGAUCAGAAGUUUGGUCCCAGCCAGCCCAGGCUCCUUCAGGUGAACUGCACCACCUGGCAAGACAGAGGCCCCUACCCAGCCCGUCGCCGGAUGAGCCCGAGUCCAGGAGCUCCGCGAGCGCCAACGAGGAAGCUCUGCAGAAGAUCAGUGCCCUAGAAAACGAACUGGCCACUUUAAGAGCACAAAUAGCCAAAAUUGUCAUCUUGCAAGAACAGCAGAAUCUCACAGCAGUGGGGCUGAGUCCUGUUGCUCCAGCUGCCGUCCCCGUUGCGCCGCCUCCGCCACCGCCGCCGCCUCCGCCGCUGCCUGCGGCCGCUCCGCAACAGAGCGGAUCCGCCAUCGACCUCAUUAAAGAGCGGAGAAGCAAAAGGACAAAGUGUGGGCAGACCCUUGCAGAGAACGGGCCAAAGAAGCCCGAAAUGCCAAACAUGCUCGAGAUCCUCAAAGACAUGAACAGCGUGAAGCUACGCGCGGUGAAGAGAUCCCCAGAAGAUACAAAAUCCAAAGCAGCUGACCCAGCAGACCCUGCAGCGUUAAUAGCAGAAGCUCUCAAAAAGAAAUUUGCCUAUCGAUACCGAAGCGACAGCCAAAGUGAAACUGAAAAAGUGAUUCCAAAGCCUGAGACAAAGACAGAAGUAGUGCUGUUCGGCCCGCACAUGCUGAAGUCGACAGGAAAAAUGAAGACUUUAAUUGAAAAAUCUUAACGGAUCAAGAUCACUACCUGAAAGACUGUACGC